UGCGCGCUGGCGCCUCGUUCUCAGAAGCUCCGGAUCCAGGCACGCGAGGGCUGCUUUUCCAGCACCACGCUCUGGCUGAGGAGGGAGGAUUCCUGUUUGUCCUCCUCCUCUACAUAUUGGCUUGACUCUGCUCUGACCCCCACCAGUGCCGCACAGUCUGGAAAAAAAGGCGGAAGCAUGGUGAAACUGAACGGCAACGCCGCCGGGGAGAAGGGGGCCAAGCCACCUUCGGUGGAGGAUGGUUUCCAGACUGUCCCCCUCAUCACGCCCUUGGAAGUUAAUCAUUUACAGCUGUCUGCUCCCGAGAAGGUGAUUGUGAAGACAAGAACAGAAUACCAGCCGGAACAGAGGAACAAGGGGAAGUUCCGGGUGCCGAAGAUCGCCGAAUUUACGGUCACCAUUCUUGUCAGCCUGGCCCUCGCCUUCCUCGCUUGCAUUGUGUUCCUGGUGGUUUACAAAGCCUUCACCUACGACCACAGCUGUCCUGAAGGAUUUGUCUACAAGCACAAGCGCUGUAUCCCAGCCUCGCUGGACGCUUACUAUUCCUCCCAGGACCCCAGCUCCAGGAGCCGCUUCUACACAGUCAUCAGCCACUACAGUGUGGCCAAGCAGAGCACUGCCCGGGCCAUCGGGCCAUGGCUGUCAGCAGCUGCUGUCAUCCAUGAGCCCAAGCCACCCAAGACGCAGGGCCACUAGAGGCCUGUCCCAGCUAGGAUGGGGGGUUGUGGAGAGGGGAACCCCCCCACUAGUUAAGCAAGGCUGGAGCUACAAGACAACACUGUACUGCUGGGGUACG